CAGUCACAUUAUUGAAUAGUAUAUAGUAGUUUAUAUGUUGUUAUUCAUUAAUAAUGUCACAUUUUUUCCAAGAAUAUUUUUAAUAUCAUUGCUAUUCUUAGCAAAAUUAAUAAUAAUUUUAAACUUUUUAGAACAUCAGUGGUUCCGAAACUUAUACAAAUGGUAUGAUUCUUGGUGCGGCGUCUCUAAUCGGUAUUUGCAUCAGUACUUGUAUGACUAAGUUCUUCGGAAUCAAGCCUCUGAUAAUCAUUCUUCUGAUCAUCUGCUCCGCUUGCUCUGGAAGUCUUUAUUGGACCAAUUCGCUGAUAGUUAUUGCCAUUUUAAUAUCUGCUACAUGUGGGCUUAUGCAGACCGCUUUGAGUUUACAACAUAACCUUCUUGUGAGAGCAUUUCCAACGACAUUAAGAACGCUCUCACUAUCUAUAAUCAUAAUGAUUGGAAGAAUUGGAUCGUUACUGGGCAGUAUUUUGUUUCCAGUGAUGUUAACAUAUGAAUGUAUGACACCGUUCAUAACAUUAUCAGUCUUGACUUUAUGUAAGUAAAAGAUAUCAUCAAUAAGGAGUGCAAGAAUUUUGUAACAGCUGAUACUUUAUGACGAUUGAAUAUAAAUGGUAUACAUC